AUGUCUGAUAUGUCAGAUGAAAUAAGUAUUGAUUCAGAAGCUAGUUUCUCCAGCAAGGAUCAUUUGGAGUUCCUAAUCGACAAUGUGUCGAAAUUUCGUAUGGAGGGAGGCUAUACUGAUAUCACCAUUAAAAUUGAAGAUCACAAGUUUGAUUGUCAUAAAAUAGUUUUGGCUGCAGGUUCAGCCUAUUUUCGGUCAAUGUUCUCUUCAGGAAUGGAGGAAAGUAGACAAAAUGUUGUGGAGUUGAAACAGCUGGAUGGGAAGGUCUUUGAACAUGUCUUACAAUUUAUCUAUACUGGUAGUGUCAAUAUUACUGGACUCAUGGUCCAGGAACUCUUUACUCAAGCUCAUUUAUUUCAGAUCACUCCUCUAGUGGAAUUAACAGUCCAGUUCUUUCAACAGAACAUGAAUGACAACAAUUGUCUUGCUGCCUUAACCUUGGCUGAUCUCCACAAUCACAAACCUUUGUAUGAAUUCUCCAAGAAAUAUGCCUGUGCCCAUUUUAGCUCUGUUGUUUUGGAUGAAGACUUUAUGAAACUGUCAGUAGAUUGUAUUGUGGAUUUGCUUCGUGAUAGAAGAUUGAAUUGUAAAAGUGAAGAUAUAGUCUUUAAGGCAGCUGUGAAAUGGCUGGAAUUUGAUCCAGAUCAAAGAAGAAAGAGUCGCUUCAAAGUAUUAGAAUGUGUCAAAUAUCCUUUGAUCACUGAAAGUUAUCUGAUGGAUGUGGUCAUUAAAAUGGGCCAUCUUUCAGAGGAAGACAAGGAAAAGGAUCUGUUAGAUGAUGCCAUAAUGUUUCAUCUAGUACCAUCUCGUAGAGAUAUGUUGAACUCCUACCAAAUCACUCCUCGAUUCUCUUUCCCAUAUUUCGAAUGUGCUGUUCUUUUGGGAGGUAGAGUCAUGGAUGGUUUAAGUAAUGAGGUAGAAUGUUAUCGAGCAACUACCAAUGACUUCAUUUCCUUAAAAACACUACCAUUUAAAAAACGAAAUGAAUUUGCAGCGUGUACUAUGGGAAAUGAAAUUUAUGUAUCAGGAGGACUUAGAAGCUCUGAAUUCUGGAAAUAUGAUCCUAACUUUGAAACAUGGUUGAAAGGAUCCAAUAUGAUGCAUGCUCGAAGAAGACAUGCAAUGGCAUCUGUUGAUGACUGUAUUUAUGUUCUGGGAGGAUUUGAUGAAGAAGUUGUAUUAUGUUCCAUUGAGAAAUGGAAUAAAAAGUCAAAUACUUGGGAAGAAGCUGGUUCUUUGAAUACAGCUGUGGAAAACAUGGGCUUCGUUGCUUUUGGAAAGAAGAUAUAUUUAUUUGGUGGUAAAAACAGUGAGGAAUUGGUCACUAAUACUGUACAGUGUUUUGAUACCAGUUCUGGGCAGUGUGAGGUUCUACAGAAUGGCUUACCAGCAAAUGAUAUGUGUUUAAACGCGUGCGUGUUAAAUAGUCAGAUUUAUAUUGUUGGAUUAGAGGGUGUGUUUCGUUAUACACCAGCAUCAGACAAGUGGGAUAUAUUAUCUGACAUGAGUUACCCAAGAGAUUUUGUCAGUUUGGCAAUUUUGGAUGCCAAGUUGUAUGCAUUUGGUGGUCGAAGAAGAGGAGCAAAGGACAAUUUGUAUUCAGAUGUGAUAGAAUAUUAUGAUCCUGAAGCUAAUCAGUGGUAUAUUACUGGUACUCUCAAUAUGAAUAUGUACUCUUAUGGUUGUGUACAGAAACAGUAUCAUAUUGGUGCAAUAUAUGUUUUGAAAUAUGCUCAUUUUGUAUGGUUUAAGUUAUGGCAAUAG